AUGUCCAAUUUUGAAGAAACUCGCGUCGAUUAUGAUGAAGGAACUCGUGAAGUAACAAACCAGAUUUAUCCGGGAACUCGCGUCGUUUAUGAUGAAGAAACUCGUGAUGAAGAAGCUAACCAGACUUAUCCGGGAUACGAUGGUUUCCUUUUCCGUCACCGAGAAGUAGUUCUUAGUUCUUCCUCAAAUACUUCUUGGCAGAACCUUGAUCAUCUAUACAAGGCUGAAAGAAAACGUCUCAAUGCCGUCAUAAAAGAGGAUGAAGAUAAACUUCGUGAAAUUGCAGGUAGAUGGUCGGAUAUUAAGAAGGAUCUUGUAGACGAUAAUACCUACAACCCUUCAAGGACUCUAGAUAAAGGAAAAGGCAAGGCCGUUGCCGUUUUUUCAAGUGAUGAUGCUGGCCCUUCCACAUACAGUAGAAGCACCCUCCUCUUUGAUCAUCAUGAAGAGUAUGGGAUUAGUAAUCUGAAAAUAGGCGAACCAGAAUUAGUUGAAGGUGUCAGGACAUUAAAUAUUGCGCACCCAGAUCUUGUUCGAAGGCCAUUGGUACGGGUAGAUAGAAAACCGGUACGGUACUAUUCGCCAGACCAGUACGGUACCGGUUUUCCAUAUACUCCAUUGGUACCGAACAUUACACGAGAAAAUAACUUCAAAAGAAAGUGCUGA